UCUAAUACUCUGUACCGAUCUCUCCGCCAAUCAUAAUAUUGUAAAAUACAGUAUUCAUUCUCCAACAUUACUGAAUAUUUACUCCUCUUUAACUAGGUUUGACGGAUUAUUAGUUCAAUUAUGGCCUAAGAGUAUGCGAGAUGCACGAGCUAGAUCGCAUUUGAAGUUUGAGCCGUCUUCUUCUCCUUAUCCCUCCUAAAAAUGACUCAAAGGCUAUCUUCCCGCCUUUCCAUGUUUCUCUUCAAAUUCACAAAAACCCAUUUUCAAACCCCAAGAUUUCUUUCUGGUUCACCUGUGAUCACUUCAAGAAACCCUGUUAAUUCUUUGCCUUUCCUCUUUUCCCAAGCAUCACGAUCAUAUGCUGGACGUGGACGUUCAGAAUAUGAUCUCUUCGGCAAUGGAAAACCAGGAGAUGAGGAAUUCAGGAAAGCGUGGCAGAAAGAGGUGGAUGAAGACAAUUGUCUCUGGACAGGAAGUGAAGAUGAAAGCGAUAGUGAACACGGUAGAAAUCGCCUUGAAAAAGAAAUCAGGAAAGUAAAACAACAGGCAAAGGAUCACUCGGACCUCAUUGAUGGUGAUGACAGUGAUGAGUUAAGAAGUGUAUGGUCUGGAAGUGACGAGGAAAAGACUUUGUGGACUGGUGAUGAAGGUGAUGAUGAUGACGAUAUUCCUACUGAAGCCUACCCAAAUGAAAAAAGCGAUGCGUAUAUUGAUAAAUUGUUUGAGUUUGAGGAAACACCAAAAUAUCGAACAAUAUCAGAACUAUUGAAAGCUGAGAAGGAACCAGAAGAGUUAUCCCCAGGAAAGCAAGCUAGAAAACUUGCGGUUGAGAAUGCUCUGAAAAAACUAAAGAAGGGGCCAGAUGGGCGUUACACUAAUGUGUGGGAAGUCAUGAGUGAUUUAGACAUUCUGAUAGGAGCAUUUGAAAAUAUUGUUUCAGGUCCAGAAUAUGCGGAGCUCAGACAGGGAGGAGCUAAGAAGUUAAAUAUUGAGUUCUUCAAGGAUAUACAAGCACGUAUGCGAGAUCCCAACUACAAGUUCUCGCCCGAGUUGAAGUUAAAACCAAAAAGCAAGUUGGUCCCUAAAAAGAAAUGGCAGAAGGCAGAGUCUAGACGUAGGAAGGCACGGAAGAGGUAAAUUGUAUUUUUUUCUCCGUCAAUGGUCAUUGAAAUCAAAGUAUUCUGUAUAUUCUUUAUCUUUUACUGGUGUUUCAAAUGUCUGUAUCUCCACAUACUCUGUAGUUUUUUGUUGUUGUUGAUAAUAUUGGCAUGAACAUGAUUAGAGAGAAUUUUUGUCAUUGAUAA